AUGAACGAAGACAAGAUGACAUCUCGACUAGCAGCAUUCCGACCUAUGGUGACAGAACUUGGAACAGCUUUGAAAGACUUCCAGAACUCACAAUCGAAUUUCCGUAUCUUCAAGACUGUCUACCCGUCUUCCAGACAACCGCAGAAUCCGUCGUCACCAAAAGGAAACGAUGACGCUCCAAAGACCAUCUUCAUCCUGGACUCCUCCUUCAAUCCGCCUUCGAUAGCACACCAGAUCCUCGCACAGUCCGCGUUGAAGAAGACCGCUUGCCAGAACUUCCCGGGACCGUACCGAUUGCUCCUUCUAUUCGCCACGGUGAAUGCCGACAAAGCACCAUCAGCAGCUUCAUUCGACCAACGACUGGCUUUGAUGUCGAUCUUUGCAGGAGAUCUGCUCGAAAGCCUCAAGCAGAAAUCAGACGAGUAUCAUGCUGUCCCUGUCGAUAUCGGCGUAACGACUGUUCCAUACUACACCGACAAGUCAGCCUACAUCGAGAAAGAAGGCCAAACGUGGUACCCUGGGAAGCCAAAGCACAUCCAUCUGGUAGGCUUCGAUACCCUCACGAGAUUCUUCGCUGCAAAGUACUAUCAGAAGUUCGAUCCGCCGUUCUCCGCACUGAAUCCAUAUUUUGACGCCGGCCAUCGACUUCGGGUGACUCUGCGGCCAGACGACGAGUAUGGUAGUGUCGAUGAGCAGCGAGCGUAUGUGCAGAGGCUCGCAGACGGCGAGAUGGAGAAAGAUGGCGCGAAGAGAGAGUGGGCUUCGCAAGUCGAGCUUAUUCCUCCUAAUCCGCGGGUAGGUGUGAGCAGCACAAAGAUUCGAAGGAUGGCGAAGGCGCAGAAGUGGGAUGAGGUUCAGGAGCUUAUGAUGCCAACAGUAGCGGAGUGGGUGAAGAGUGAGAGGCUGUACGAUGAGGAUGAUAGGGGUGCAAAGAUGGCGUAG